AUGUCACAUCACGACAAGAAGACAAAGAGAGAGUUGGAGGAUGAUGAUGAUGAGGUGGAGAAGGAGGUGGAUGAGAUAGUAGUUACAAUUCAUUGGAAUGAGCUAGGAGUUAAUGUCCGAGUUGCCAAUGAUCAGCCAGAGAGGAGUACACCACAACAACUAAAGGCCACUCUCGUUGAACAUUUCAAGGCAAACAAUGGUACUGAUAGAUCAAACACUGGCCUUGCCUUCACAUUCAGGUCCAACUCUGACAGGACAAGGUGUCUAGUCAAUAUGAAGGAGUUGUUCCCUUGGACCCUUUAUGCCAGCCAGGAUGAAGGCGUUCUGGUGACUGUGGAUGGACAAGUCAACUUGGUUCAUCAUGAGCCAGUGGCCACCAUCCUAUCGAUUAGCAAGAUGGAAACGGAGAGGCCAGAUAUAGACGACAUCACUGCUGGAUUCUUUAGGUUCUUUUGA